GCUUGGUCCGACUUGGCUCAGAGUCCAAGGUUCGAAAGGUCGAGUCCAGUCCCUUGCGUUUACCGCCGGUGUUUUGAGGAAGUUGAAAACAGGCCAUUUGGAGAACAUCUAUGAAAGAUUCCGAAUGAUCAUUGUGCAAGACCCAGACUCCGGUCCAUGCCGGUCACGAAUUUUGAUUCGACUCGAUGCAUGUAGUUCUAGAUGUAGAACUUGCGAUAAUUUUGCCCAGGUCAGUAUAUGCAUUUCUCCAUGCUUCUCCAAAGAAAGCUUUGAAUCAGGUCCGGAUGAACAUGUCGAUUGUCAGACUGGCUUUCGGGUAGACGUUUCACGGCAAAGAUUGGAUGGACUGCCGAGUAGGGUUGCAUUUUGGGCCGUGUUACAACGCAGAACGUCUUACAACGGAUAGUGCUCCUACAAUGUUGAUCGCCAGCCACAACGAACCCGUGUCCUCGAGUGAGACGUGCACCGACACUCCGACAGACACUCAGUGCUACCUCCGAAGUUGUAUUCAUGCACACAGAACCGUACGCUUGGGAACGGUAUAUUGGGCAUUGAUGGCAGUCCGAUCUCACAUGCAAUGUGCAGCCGGGAUCCACAACAAUCCAGGAGUAUCAAGAAGGCAGAACCCAAGAUCGGUUGCAUUCGUGUCAGGCUGGCAGCCUCCAAAGGGCGACUGGAUACUCAGAUUCUUGUCGCGCUCGUGCUUGUGGUCGAGCAGGUCAACUCUGACCAAGCCAUGGACGACUACGGUUGAUCCUCGGUGACCCCAGAACGGGGUUCUGACGUGUCCUCUCGAGUGGCCGGCGCUCGUUUGUUGGCCCUGUCAGUCUGGGAUCUAUCCAGAUUUCGGCCGGCAGUCGGGUGCGAGGAAGCAGUGAUAAGCAGCGUCACUGGCCCCAGAACAUGAUAAGUACUUAGUGCAGUCUUGUGAUGGAUUCAUCAUCGGAUGGGACGGGGAGCACUGGCCGAAACGCCCAGAGAAGCUACUGCACUGAUCUGUGGCGCUUGUCGAUGGAGUAUGUGGUCAUGCAGAGUGCGGUUUGUUCAGAGUGUGGGAAUUGAGAUUCGUCGGUACCUGGCCAGAUCCGGGUGCAAUCGGGUCGGGCUGGCAAGCGCAGUCGUCGUGGAAGGAACUCGAAGAGCCGGAUACAUGAUGCAUGUGCACUCGGUGCCAGGCUCAAAAAAUGACGGCAGGCCUGAAUUCUUGACCUUAGAGAUACUUGCCAAUGCCCAAUUCGAAAUCGGAUGGUCGUUGCUGCCAGUGAAGCGGCUGCGUACGUGACGUGACUGUAACGUGUGAUUGCAACACAUUCGUGCUUCGCCGUCGUCGUCGUCGUCGAGCAGUCUCUUCUUCCUGCUAGUGCUCCAUUACGAGCACACAAAAUCCAUAGACCUCGGGCCUUGGGUCGAUGGCCAUUCUUGCUCCUCCGGACUGGCAGUAUUCCCUAGGAGAGCCAGCCAUGGACAAGGCCCCAUCCCCAUCCUCUUCCUCGACCUCUUCUGGACCGCACCAAGGGCAACGCAACCAGCAACAAGCACCGCACCCACAACAACAGCAGCCAUACACUUUCCAGCAACAGCCCCAAGGCUCAUGGACGCCCUCCGUCAACGCCGCGCCUUUCUACCCCGGUGCAUUCUACCAAAACUCUCCCCUCCCCCCUGGAACCCCACCACAGAUGUUCCCCGGUCCCACGAACCCGUAUUUCGAUCCAGCUAAUGCCCAGCUGGCGCAGUGGGCUUAUCAGCAGAUGAUGUUCAACGCUCAGCACGCGCAGGCCGCCGCCCAGCAUGGUUCUCCAUCUGAAUUCUCGGGCCAGUUCCAUCCCUUUCAAGGACACGGUCAUUUCAAUCCCUUCCCCAGUGGCACUCCCCCACCUCGCUCCAAUGACGCCAAUGGCCCGCAGCCUUACGCUGGGUACCAUCCGUACCGGCGCCCGUCGCGCCAGCAAUCGACAAGCUCGGAACCGGCGCAACCCGCGCAAGAAUGGAGGCCGCAGCCGCCUUAUUCGCGGUCAGACGCGUCUGGGUCAUCCAGUUCGGUCAACUCGCAACAAGGCCGGCAGCGCACAAAUAGCAACAACAGCCAAGGGCGGAGCACGCACUCGGCGUCCCCUGUGUCAAGUUCGAGCUCACCGCCGGGGCCCCCGCGGAUUCCUCAUCACCGAGCAGGAUCGAGUUCAUCCACCCAUAGCAACAAUUCAGCAGCUUCGUCUUCCAUUCCAAACUCGAGUUCCUCAAGCUCUCAGCAGAAGGUGGCACGACCGAGUCCGCUAUCACAGGGUGCUGUUACUCUACCUACUCCCAGACCAAGUACCUCUUCCCUCGCGCCGUCAGUGCGAGCUGAGCGGCGGAUCUCCCGAGACGACUCAUCGCUGGCGCUGUCUUCGCUGUCUUUGUUGGCGACGCGGGAGGCGGCCGCGCCUAUCGCCAAAGGGAGUGGCCUCAAAGGCCGCUUACGUCGUGCCCUGUCGUUCAAUGCAAGUCUGGCACUCAAGGAGGAAGUGGGUGUCGGCGAAGAGGAAGAGGGCGGUGGAGACGACAGCGAUGAGAGCAUCAAGGCGAGCGUCGUCAAUCCUACUCCGAAAACGCCAGCAGUGAUCAAGAACGCGACGCGAUCGGCUGCAUCCACAACAGAGAGCCCUGUCGCAUCUCCUGCGAGUGGCCAGCAGGUGCCGAUGCCGAAGAAAAAGUCGCGCGCGGCGAGUUUGUUCAGUAACGCGCGGUUGAACGCGAGCACGGACAACAUAUCUUUGAGCAGCACGGUUUCGAGCGCGAGCGUGAUGAUUCGCAAACUCGGAAGCAUGGGCCGGUUGGCGCGACGAAACAGUCUUGCGGGGAUCACGGGCCUGUUUAAAGACCGGAAGAAGAAGGAUGAGGAGGGGGAUGACGAUGGCAACGCCGCCGGGAACGAAGGUGGGGACGGGGGAAAGAAGGAAAAGAAGCGCAAGGAGAAGGAGAGGAAAAAGAGCGGAAAGGGGAGCGCCAGCGAAGCCAGUGUGUCCCAUGCGACGGCUGAGCUCGAAGCGGGCGAUUGGAGCAUCCCUGGUGCCGGAGCCGACAGCCUCACUGGCCUCAGUCCGGCCGCGAAGCUUGCAAGACAGCACACGCUCAAGACCAACGCGGAAGCAGCUGCAAAAGCUAAAGAGGCGGCGGCGAACAAGACCGUUGCCGAUUCGGGUGUUCCGACUUGGGAACGAAACACGGCCACUCGACGCGGCGGAGCGACGACGGCUGUCGCUGAAGAUGGUACUUCGGUUCUGGUUGAGGAGGAUGACAGUGACGAUGAUGCCCAUCCGGUUUCUUCGGCUCCUCAGCAGCAGCAGCAGCAACAGCAACAGCAACAGCAACAGCAGUGGGACGACGAAGAUGAUGAAGAAUGGGGGCUGCUUGGUGGAGAGGAGGAUGACACCAUCAGAGCCGAGCUGCCAGAGGAGGAGAACGAUGAAUUCGAGCCCUGGGCGGUAGACAAUCGGCGCAGUAUGGAGCGAACAAUGAUUCCCACUCGAGGCAUUCUCAAACAUGCAGGGACGUACGAUCAGACUUCGUAUGAAACUGGACAGUUGCAGCCCACAUUGCGAGCCCGAUCGAAUUCUUACAACAGCACCGGACAGAGCGAGAUGGGACCGCUGGCGCGCAUCCCCAGCCCCGAUCCGGAUCACAUCGAUGGGCUGCAUCGGCACGGGAGUCACUCGAGUCACGAUUCUGCGAAACGGAGCAGUGUUCCGUCGCUUCCGCCGCUGGACUUUGACUCGCCGCAGGUGACGCCGACGGCAACGACGUACGCGCAAGCUGGACAGCAAACGGCCCCCGCUGCAUCGUUGUAUACGCACCCAGCGAUGAACUCGUCUGCUCCGACGCUGUCUACUCUGGGGCUGGGUCCUGCGCCGGGUGCUUCUGCUGUGCCGCGAUCUGCGACGCUGCCGGCCAAGAAGCAUCUGGCGUUCGCGAGCAAUCUGAGCGUGUACGACACGUUCAGCGCGACUGUGUACGACCGACGGAGCGAGCCUGCGACUUGGAGCAGGCUGACACCCGCUUUGGCGCAGCGCAUCAAAGAGGAGCUCAACAGCUACAAGAUGGAGGAGAUGGAGGUCCAUGCGUCGAGUCGCAUCCACACCCAAUUCUUCGUAUAACCUGAUGUAUAUUUAUGCAGGAUCGCAUGCUCAUCAUCUUACGAAACGACGAGACGAGAUAUCUAUACCAUACACUUCUUAUUCUUCUGCAAUCCAAUGUCACUGCUGUCCAUUCCUUAAUCUGCUAUCCCCAUUCCUUUAGUCGGCGCCCUCGCAAUCUCUCGCACACUCACACACUCAUUCCAAGUAUCAUCCACUCACUCCCGUGUACCCAAAGCAAUAUCUGUAUAUAUCAAUUAUGCAUGAAGGCGGACAUUGACUGAAAUGAAAUCAUUCUUCACGCUGCUGAAUCUCUCUUCAAAGGUGUGUGACGUUUCCUGGGAACAAGCUUCUCGACUUCAGGCCGUAGUGUCAAAGGUACAAUCGUUGGUCAUAUCUCUGAGAUUGGUCUCAAUGAAGCAGUUCUGGAAAUAGAUUACGACUCCUGCAUGCCAUGGAAAUAGUUGGAAAGACGGUUGGGCCCGUGGGUUUGACCGUGGCCAGACCGGAGCUUCAAAAUUUGCCAUGACGAUUUCCUUGCACCACUGGCACAUAAUCAGAUGCCAUCAUCGUAUAGUUCGGGGAAAUGGCGCCCUUCGAGUUCCACGACCUUGCUCAAGAGCUGAUCGAGACAAUUCUCGAUUUCCUGCACGAUGAUCGGCAAGCCCUCAUCAAUAGCAGUCUCGUCUGUCGCAGCUGGGUCCCGGCGACUCGCCACCACCUCUUCUAUCGCGUAACACUGAAUCGGUUCCACUAUCGACCCGGCCUCCGCCUCCGCGACACCGCGGAGCCCUUCCUCGAGAUCUGCCGGUCCCCGCUCUGCACGAUUCUGCCCGCGAUCCAAGAUGUGCUGCUGAACAUCAACACGAUGCACUCGCCCACGGCCCGGCUCGUCGAGGCGAUUCUGGGUGUGCUGUCGCAGGCCCCGGUGCGGCGGGUGGUGUACGUCGACCACACGCCGGGCUUCGCCCCGCCGAUGAGGCUGGCCUGGAUGGCGCUCCACCUGCCCGCGCUGGAGGACUUUUCCUACAACGGGCUCGACCAGUUCGCGGCGGACGCGCUCGCGUUCGGGCUGCUGUACGACCCGCAUCUGCGCUCACUCGGGCUGUUCUCUGGGUCCCGCGAGCCCGCCAAGGCGGCGAUCUCGCAGUCCAAGCCGUACCCGACGAUGCCGCCCGGGGCCUUUGCGCAGCUGACGGCGCUGCGGCUGCGGCUGUACGCCCCGGAGAUGGAGGAGCUCAUGGCCUGGCUGGUCCGUGCGGGUGAUCUGCCGAGUCUAGAGACGUUCCAGCUAGCGGUGUUCCAUUGCCGGCAUAACGGCUGGGGACCAGUCACCUCGCUGAACGCGUUCCUCGCGGACAAUGGGCCGCAUCUGAAGGACGUCGGAUUCGUCGUCAAGCAUGAGGACUCGGAUGGCGAUGUCGAGGAAGAGGUGCUGUUCCAGCCUAGCGACGGAGAUAUCGAUCUAGGCGCAUGUACGAACUUGGACACCCUGCUCAUCCAGACGCAUGACUUUGCCGCCAUCAAUGCUGUUCUGACCUCCCUCCCCGAAUCGCCGACUCGCGCACUGGAGACGCUGGUGGUCGAUUUCAGCCUGUGGAUCUACUGGGACGAGUUCCCGUGCCACUGCGACGAAGCCGCCGAGGAGAACAUCACCGCAUUCAUCAGCGUCGUUUCGCAGGAGCAGUUCGCCCAGCUGCAUUCUCUGCAGGUGCGCGUGCCCGAGUUCUUUGGCGAGCGCGGGAGGCAAGCCUUGCGGGAGUAUUUUCCCAGGCUCAAGGACUCGGACGUGCUCAGAAUCGACAGUAAUGAAGAAUUCAUGAUGGAGGGAAGCUGGGAGAGUGUCAACCAUAUGAUGUUCGCCACUAGACUGACGAGACACAAUUGAAAUCGUGCCUUUCCUUCCCCUGGCGGACGAGUUGGAGCUCCAUGAAAGCUUGGAAUGUUUGAAUGAGCGAUGGGAAGGAAAUGAUGAUGAACUCUCUCGAGGGACUAGCUCUGCUCCGUUCUGCUUCAUUGAAUACCUUGAAGCAGGUCAGCGUCGUGACUCAAGGUCAGAACAAAGCUGGAAUGCACGUCAGUACGCUGGAUCGUCUGGUCACUGUGUUAUUCGAGUCAAGUGAAGAGAUAUCGCCGAUUGGACUGGCGCACAGCUCGCUUUCAUUGAAUGUCGGCGACUCUGCAGACGAAAUCGCAGAGAAGGGAGCAUAUGUACGAGAGCGAAGCACUCAGGAUUGGAACCCAGAAUGCCAGACAGAUUACAAUGUCCAGAUGGUCUCAAGCAGGGGUUCGUAGCUAGGUCACCGUUGUCGACAAGAUGCUUCGUCGCGACCGGAUUCAUAAGCCCAGGCAGCUCGCGAGAGAGAAGAAAGCCGUCGUCUAUGAUACUAGUUUACAGCCUCCGGUAAGGAAGGAUGAGUGAUCAGAGUGCAGCGCUUGGACGGGAGGCCAGUCGUGGGGAACGAAAGAUGAGCGGGCGGACGGAAAAAGAGUCGGCCAGACCACAAACAGAGAGUGAGUUAUCUCAACGACUGUAACGCGAGAUGAUCGCGACACAUUAUGGUUGACUCAGAAGGGAAUGCGACCUCUUCCUUGGCACGAACCCACGAUGUCGACAGCUAGUCCUCCGGGAUUGGAUCCGCGGAAAGGCGUCGAAGUGGCCAAAACGAUUUGAGGACGAGGCGCCUACAAAAAGAGGCGUCCAGAAAACUGCUGAACGCAAAGAGAGCGGAUCGAUACACGCACAGUACGGUGGCUUUCCGGGACCGGCGCAGCCAGGUAGCCGUACCUCUCCUUCGCUAAAUCCGCUUCUCCAAAAACUGGCGUUCUUCCGAUUCCUGGGUGUGAGCGACCGGCGGAGUGCAAAACGAUUGACGACACGUGGGGGGACCUGACAGAAGAUUGUAGGCACACAGGCGGAAAGUGCAGAGACGGCUCAACAGACCUUGAGCCAUAUGCUCUCUGGAACAGUGUCGAGGCCCGGCAUGUGCGACAAUCGACAUGAGAGGGAAGCUGAAAGACUCAGGACUUCUGCUUCUGCUUCUCCGACGAGUAUACCAGGGAGAGCCUCGAGAAACAGAGCAACACCAGCAGCCGUUGUGUCGUGGAUCCGGCAACAGAAAGGACGUUUACUAUAAGCACAAGGCCUAGGGAAAUUGAGGUCGAAGGGUAACGCCAUCCGACCGAUGAUGACAAUCCGGUCCUCGUGCACGGGCCAAGAGCCAUUGAAUCCAUGACCAUGACGGGAAGUGGAUCGCUCGAUCGUUGGGUUGUAGAUGUUAUCCAGUGGGCAGCAGGGGCCCAACACGAACGACUGAGGGAAUGUCGAGGACAUAACGAUUUCGGUAUCAAUCGACCGCAGCAGACAAGCCUUAGCCCGCACACAUCCAUGCUCACCACCCGCCAUCUGUCCAGGCCCAGAUAGAAGGAUAGAUCAGGACCAGCAGAACCUUGAGAGUUACGAAUAUGGCACGGGGUUGUACGGGCGGAUGCAUCUAGGAUUGCAUCCGUACCAGAAAGACAUCUGGUAACGUAUCAGCCUCGGGAAGGCAAUUCAGACGGCCAUCCAGCCUCAUAAAUUCGGUGUAGUCCUCACAUGAAAAUGCUAGGCAAAUAGACCAGCAGAGUGUGCGAGAAAGAAUCGGGUUUCUAGCGACGUUGAAGCACGAGGCAUGAUAAUGCUUCCUGUCUCGUGAGUCGCAGCACGUUCAGACCGGAUUCGCUGAUGGGCCUGGUGAAGGAUCGAUACAGAGAUGUCUCCCAGACAAUAGGAAAGCCGUCGCGGAUGACGGGAGGGCGGACCGAGUGUAGAAGAUCGUGCACCUAGAUUCAAGAAUGUCUCCUGGUGCGCCCUGUGAUCUGUCUUUGAAUCGUGGUGGCGCAAACGCAGAAGAGCCCAGGAGAGCAAUCAAAGUUAUCGACCCUCCCAGAAAGUACUUGACGGCGGCCAGUAACCGCGAUCCUCAGUAGGCUGGAAGCUCCUGUUGCAUUCCAACGUGCGAACUCUGGAUGGAGAUAGAUCCAUGACGGACAAUAUAUCAGUGAUAUGGCGCUCAGACAUGGCACGGGGUCGGAUCCACUCUUGUCCGCUGAGAAAAUGGUAUUCGAUGACCGGAGGCAAAGGGAGAGCACGCGUUCGGGACGCCUUGGGUCGCCGUCUAAAUGACGUUACAAAGACAAACACGACACU